ACUUGAAAGAAGACGAUGCAUACAGGAGGAGAGACUUCAGCAUGCAAACCUUCAUCUGUCCGGCUCGCACCGUCAUUUUCAUUCCAUGCUGCUGGCCUUCCGAUGGCUGGACAGAUGCCCCAUCCGCAUCCGUACAGUGAGCGCCGCCAGCCGAGUGACCAGCAGGUUUCUGCCUUACCCUACUCCGACCAGAUCCAGCAGCCGCUCACCAACCAGAGGCGGAUGCCCCAAACCUUCCGAGACCCAGCAACUGCUCCCCUGAGAAAACUUUCUGUUGACUUGAUCAAAACAUAUAAGCAUAUUAAUGAGGUUUACUAUGCAAAAAAGAAACGAAGACACCAGCAGGGCCAGGGGGAUGAUUCUAGUCAUAAGAAGGAGAGGAAGGUUUACAACGAUGGAUAUGACGACGACAACUAUGAUUACAUCGUAAAAAACGGGGAGAAGUGGAUGGAUCGUUACGAGAUCGAUUCAUUAAUAGGCAAAGGUUCCUUUGGACAGGUGGUAAAGGCAUAUGAUCGCGUGGAGCAAGAAUGGGUUGCCAUUAAAAUCAUAAAGAACAAGAAGGCUUUUCUAAAUCAAGCCCAGAUUGAAGUGCGACUGCUUGAGCUCAUGAACAAACAUGACACUGAGAUGAAAUACUACAUAGUGCAUUUGAAGCGCCACUUUAUGUUUCGAAACCAUCUCUGUUUAGUUUUUGAAAUGCUGUCCUACAACCUCUAUGACUUGUUGAGGAACACCAAUUUUCGAGGUGUCUCUUUGAAUCUGACCAGGAAAUUUGCACAACAGAUGUGCACCGCACUGCUUUUCCUCGCGACUCCAGAGCUUAGUAUCAUUCACUGUGACCUAAAACCUGAGAAUAUCCUUCUGUGUAACCCUAAGCGCAGUGCAAUCAAGAUCGUUGACUUCGGCAGUUCCUGCCAGUUGGGGCAGAGGAUAUACCAGUAUAUUCAGAGUCGCUUUUACCGGUCUCCAGAGGUGCUACUGGGAAUGCCUUACGACCUUGCUAUCGACAUGUGGUCCCUGGGGUGCAUUCUGGUUGAAAUGCACACAGGGGAGCCCCUGUUCAGUGGAGCCAAUGAGGUGGAUCAGAUGAAUAAAAUAGUGGAAGUUCUGGGUAUCCCACCUGCUCAUAUUCUUGACCAAGCGCCCAAAGCAAGAAAGUUCUUUGAGAAGUUGCCAGAUGGCUCUUGGAACUUAAAGAAGACCAAAGAUGGGAAACGGGAGUAUAAACCACCAGGAACUCGGAAGCUUCAUAAUAUUCUUGGAGUAGAAACCGGAGGCCCUGGUGGGCGUCGUGCCGGGGAAUCGGGUCAUACGGUCGCCGACUACUUGAAGUUCAAAGACCUCAUUUUAAGGAUGCUGGAUUACGACCCCAAGACUCGGAUCCAGCCGUACUACGCCCUGCAGCACAGUUUUUUCAAGAAGACGGCGGACGAAGGUACCAACACGAGCAACAGCGUGUCCACCAGUCCCGCGAUGGAGCAGUCCCAGUCUUCGGGCACCACCUCCAGCACCUCGUCAAGCUCAGGUGGAUCGUCAGGGACCAGCAACAGCGGCAGAGCCAGGUCGGACCCCACGCACCAGCACCGGCACAGCGGCGGGCACUUUACGGCCGCCGUGCAGGCCAUGGACUGUGAGACGCACAGUCCCCAGGUGCGUCAGCAGUUUCCUGCUCCCCUGGGCUGGUCAGGCACCGAAGCUCCCACCCAAGUCACUGUUGAGACUCAUCCCGUCCAAGAAACAGCCUUUCAUGUAGCCCCUCCGCAGAACGCAUUGCACCAUCACCAUGGAAACAGUUCCCACCACCACCACCACCACCACCAUCACCACCACCACCACGGACAAGCAGCCUUGGGUAACCGGACCAGGCCAAGGGUCUACAACUCUCCCACCAAUAGCUCCUCUACCCAGGACUCCAUGGAGGUUGGCCACAGUCACCACUCCAUGACGUCCCUGUCUUCCUCAACUACUUCUUCCUCCACAUCUUCCUCCUCGACGGGGAACCACGGCAACCAGGCCUACCAGAACCGCCCUGUGGCUGCUAACACCUUGGACUUUGGGCAGAAUGGAGCGAUGGACGUGAACCUGACCGUCUUCUCCAAUCCCCGCCAAGAGACUGGCAUGGCUGGGCACCCGACGUACCAGUUCUCUGCCAACCCAGGGCCCGCACAUUACCUGACUGAAGGCCACCUGACAAUGAGGCAAGGGGCCGACCGGGAGGAGUCCCCCAUGACCGGGGUGUGCGUGCAGCAGAGUCCUGUCGCCAGCUCGUGACUACAUUGAAA